AUGUUCGAAGACGACGUGAAGGAAGUGGUUUUGCCAGGAACGUCGCAAAUCAGCGUUUGUAGUUCUUGCAACGGCACGGGUUCUAACCUUUGUUUUCACUGUCGAGGGUCCGGUUCCGUGCGCUGCACCGCCUGCAAUGGGACGGGGAUGCGGUCCGGUAUUCCGCACCCGGCGAUCACCGCUCACCCUCUGGUCGCCGCCUUACCUCACGGCAACGUCAGUCGCGGCUACCCGAGCAGCAGCGUCGCAACGGCCAAGUCUCGCAAUCGGAGUUCUUUCGGGGUCGGCACUCCAGCCCACCUGCGUUCCGUCACCGGCAUACCUCCACCCGGCAUAAGCAUCGUCGACCUGUGCGCUAUUUGUGCGGGUACAGGCCUCUGUCAGUAAGU